UCAAAACGGGAGGCUCCGCCCCCACUGUGUUAAGAAGGUUUCGUUUCUUGAUCGAGAGUCGUUUUCUGCUGUAAAUAAAGCUUUAGAAGAUGGGCGCAUCUAAUGACAAACCUCUGAAAUGUCCUCUGUGUUUUGAGGAGUGUCGGGAGCAGGUGACGCUGGGCUGCUCUCACAGCUUCUGUCGCGCUUGUAUCAGAGAGCUGUGGAGCGGGUCUCAGACCGGACCGUAUUACUGCCCCGAGUGUAGAUACGAGUACCAGCAUCUGCCAGACUACACGGACGGAGCGUCAACAUCGACAGACACAUCAAACACACAUUGGCCAUUCGGAAAGAAGCUGUAUGACCUGCAUUCAAAGAAAUGGCACGGGAAGAGGAAGUUCAGUUCAGCUUUCCACAGUGAUGGAUCCAGAGCAACAUCUCAUAACUCCGUCAGUCCCGAUGAUGUAAUCAGCAUCACUGACGCUGAUGAAGACACAUCAGUUCCCCGGAAAAGAAAGGCUGCAGCAGACGAAUGCUCUUUCGGAAGCCAGUCUCCAUCAGUGGUUUGGGGGACCACCUCUACGCAUGACACAUCCCCACAACGCACACCUCCAGAAACAGAUGAGGUCACACCUCCUCAACUAGAACCACCUCCUGAGAGGAACACAGGCUCCUCUCAGCAAGACCAGCAUGCUGUGGCUUCCUGCAGUGACUCAGGCUCACCCAGGACACGCAACACACCUCAGGGAGAAAAAAAACCAUUACCAGCAGUCAAUGCCACCUCUCUUACACCUGGAAAGCAGAAAGAGCCCCUCGGGAUCUCUGCAACAUCAUCAGACAGACUUUCCAGGAGCAACUCUGUGCCUUGCCAUUACUGUCCCACUUCCGAACAGAAGGUGGCGGUAAAGACCUGCCUUGUUUGUGGGGCCUCCAUGUGCUCCGAGCACCUGCGGGCACACCUGGAGAAGCCAGUGUUCCAGAGCCACCCGCUGGUGAACGCUGUGGAGGAUGUGUCUCUCUGGAGAUGCCAAGAGCACCAGGAGAUGAACCGGAUCUACUGUCGAUCAUGUGAAGUGUGUGUUUGCACCGUGUGCUCCCUGGUCGGGUCACACAAGGGGCACGAGUGCAUCAGCAUCCGCGAAGCAGAGCAGGAGCUCAGGGGCUCACUGAAGAACGUGAUGCAAAAAAUACAAAAAACUGAAAAGUCCAUUCAGGGAAAACUCUCGGAGCUCAGUGAGAAAAAACUUGGCGUCCAGGCAGGGCUGGAGGACGUGCGGGCGGCCGUAUUGCAGCAGUAUCAGUCCAUGCGGGAGGCUCUGGAGCAAGAGCAGGAGCAGGCAUUACUCUGUGUGACCCAGGAAGAGGACAGAGUGCUGGGAAGCAUUGAAAAGCAGCUGGACACAUUACAGGGUGCCUUGACAUCAAGCCAGAGCAUAUUAAACACCCUGCAGGGAAUGACCAGUGCUGAAGGGGCAUCACAGUACCAGGACCAGGCCUUCAUCAUGGAAUACAGCAAGAUGGCAGGACGACUGACUGAAUUGUCUGACCCUGUGCAAGAUCUUGACUCUCCUGAAGAACUGAACCAUAACCGACUGGACUGUCUCAAUGACUGGACUGAAAGGAGACUGGAGACUGUGCUCAUAUCAUUGCCUCAUCGAGACCCUUUCAGACUGCUGUAUGGGAUAAGCCCAACUCUGGAUCCUUAUACUGUCCAUCCAAAGCUGCUGCUGUCGGAUGAGAACAGGACGGUGCAGUACAGCGAGACCCAGCAGGACUACCCCGAGCAGGAGUCACGCUUCAACAUUUUCCCUCAGGUGCUGGGCUCUCGUGCCAUAGACGGAGGCUGCUGUUAUUGGGAGGUGGAGGUCCCUCUGGAUGAGGGCCGCUGGAAGGUGGGGGUCUGUGAUGGACAGAUAGGCAGAAAGGGGCAAAAGGACAUCUGCCGUAUUGGUUUCUACCCCAAUUCUUGGUGCUUAGUUUAUGAGAAGGGAAAGGUGGAAGCCCUGCAUGAUAAGGUGGCAUCACCUGUGUGUUCGGCUGAGCUCUGGAAGAUCGGGGUGCUGCUGAAUUUUAAUGAGGGUCGCUUGUCUUUUUAUAGCGUGGCCAGGGAGGGCUCUCUUUCUUUGCUCUACAGCUUUGAGCAUACGUUCACUGAGCCACUAUAUCCGGCGCUGGCGGUUUCUAAAACUCAGCUCAGCAUCUGUGAUAUAUUUACCAAGACCACUACAGACUAGACCAUGUUUGUGCUUUUAUUGUAAUGUUAACUAAAUAGUUCACCAAAAAAAAGAAACUUUGCUGUUGAUUUACCUAGGCUAUAUAAGAUGUAGGUGUCUUUCUUUGAUUUUGAGCCGAACCCAUUGUAAUUGGUGAUUCAUAAAAUGCCAGUCAAUGGUGUACCGUCACUUUGAGAGUAAAAAAAAUAAUUAGUCUUUGUAAGAAACUGAACAUUAUUUACAAAAUUGUCACCUGUAAUCCAUAGCCUCAGACAAAUGCAAAUGUGAACUUACGUCAUUGUUGUUCACAACAGCAGGAUCGAAAGAAUCAUUUUGAACGAUAAAAGUAUAAAUAUUUUGCUAAAACCAAACCACCUUCUGCAUAUGUGUCCUUCUUCUCUAUUGUAAACAACAGUGCUGUCUGUUCACAUCCACGCACACAUCAUCUGAGAGAGUUUCUUAUACAAACCUCAAUAUAUCAUCAGGAGCCGUGGGGAUAUCAUUUAGUGUUUUAUUUUGAUUUUUUUCAUCUCAAAAAGUGACUUGCAUUGUAUAAAUCACCAUUGGUUUACCAAAAAAUCAUCUUUAAUGUUCUGCUGAAGAAAAAAAGUCACCUACAUCUUGGAUGGCCUGAGAGUGGGUAAUAGAUAUAUAUUGUAUAUAUACAGUAUAUCACUUGGAAUGGAGUUAUUUAAAACAAUCUUGCACAGUCUUUUUAAAUUUUUCAACCAUUUAUUGAGCUUCCUUUUUAUGUUUUUGUUAGGAUUCAUUUUGUAACUUCAGAUACAUAAAGUUGUAUUUUUAUACUGAGUAAAAUAUUUGGAGAAAUAUUUGUCAGGAAUCUGUCGAAGCAAAGCAUUUCUAAAAGUUUUAAUGAAGAUUAGACAAAGUGAAACAUUCCAAAUGAAACUCUUAUUUCAAUCUAAAAUGAAUGUAAUAAUAUACAUUGAGUUUUUCAACAUUGUUAACCAGGAUUUCUUUUAUAUAUAUUUUGCCAGUUUCUCAAGCAAUUUUCUGAUGGUUUUGAAAUAUUUACUACCAUAUCUAUGUUAUUUUUUAUAGGUUUUGCCAAUGUUGAACCACUGUUGGCAGAGUAAUAUUUCGGCCUGUCUAUAUUGUGGUUAUUCCAUUUCAACUCUAGGUGGCAGUAUUGUUCAAUAUCUAAACAGAAAAUAAUGACAUUUAAUUCAUACUGAGAAAAUCAAAAAAGGAUUGUUUGAACUGUGCUGCAAAGCUUAAGGAAUUAAAUUCAGAUGUUUCUUAAAAA